AUGGCGCAAGCCCACGACCAAGCCUUGGAGUCCGAGCUCCACACCUGCGCCCUCAUGAUCGACCAGAUCAAAGCCAACGCCCGCGUCCUCUUCGGCUGCCGCUACACCUACGACGUCGCCAUCGGCCACGGCGACGACGGCGGCUACCGCGCGCUGCUCUUCCGCCACGACCGCCAGCAGCAGCAGCAGCAGAACCACCGCAAUGGCAGUCAGCGCAACGUCAGCACCAACGCCAACAGCAACAACAGUGGCAAUGGCAGUGGCGGCGUCGGCGGUAACAGCGGAGGCUGCGCACCGGACGGACCGAGGGGAACCAGGUUCCAGGAGCUGCGGCGGGCGCACGCGCUGCUGCGGCUGGCUAUCGCGCCGACGAGGCGCGAGGCGGUGCGGAGCGUGUUGGGGUGGACGGAGGAGUUGAUUAGCGGCGGAGGUUGA